UACAAUUACAGCUGAGACAGGCAGAAAGCGUAUGGCCUUGUGACUUUUGACCCAAGCUUGUGAGGUUGACAUCUUCCUCUUCGGCUGGCCCCCCACCCCAAGCAGGGCAGCCUGUGGCCUCCUGCAUCCUGAGGCUUCCACUGACAUGUUUGAUUAUUUCAGUAACAAAAUUAGAAGCUACUUUUUAAGGAACAAAGAGUGAACCAGGCCUAUUAUGAUGAUGACUCUCUCGUUGAGUCUUGAUCCUCAACUUGUGAGAUAUGAAUACUUUCAACCUAUUUUACAGGUUCACUCUCUAUGCUGUGGAUACACGGGGGAGGCACUCUGAGCUGAGCACAGUGACCCUGAGGACCGCCUGUCCACUGGUGGAUGACAACAAGGCAGAAGAGAUAGCCGACAAGAUCUACAAUCUGUACAAUGGGUACACGAGCGGAAAGGAGCAGCAGACGGCCUACAACACGCUGAUGGAGGUCUCGGCCUCCAUGCUGUUCCGAGUUCAGCACCACUACAACUCCCACUAUGAAAAGUUUGGUGACUUCGUCUGGAGGAGUGAGGAUGAGCUGGGGCCCAG